AUGGCAAUUGAAGAAUAUUGUAGAGAGGAAUUGGAGCCGUAUCCGGAACUAUGGAACCAUGACAGAAAUGAUUUAGCGAGUGAAGUGAAAGAAAUUGGGGUCCAUGUAAUUGUAGAGAAGCCGCAUUCAUCAAAGUUCGAUAUGAGUGAGAUAGCAAAAGAAGAAUAUUGUGGAGAGGAAUUGGAGCUAUAUCCGGAAAUAUGGAAUGAUAACAAAAAUGAUUUGGCGAGUGAAGUGAAAGAAAUUGGGGUCCAUGUAAUAGUAGAGAAGCCGUAUUCAUCCGAGGAGUCGAAUGGAAGUGGGAGUGGGAUCAUGACAUUGACAAGCUACAAGGAACAACAUCUUCUGCCGAUGUUGGAAAGGGGGAUGAGAUUGAUAGCCAAGGUGGAAGAGAUUUAG